UGCUGUUACGAGUUCAUGCCGGUGAAGUCUUCCCCGGAACAAAACCUUACUCUGCAAACUUGUGAAAGAGAGAUUGGUGGAACAGACACAAACCGAUUCGUUUUAAAAGGCUCAAACCAGUACAGCAUGGAGCAUCGCAGACAGACCAAGGGCUGUAACCCAUCUCGGGAGUUCAGAGGUGGGCAGAACCACAUGGCAGCACCCCAAAAGGACGCCUACUCCAGGCUGCUAAGCCAGCACCACAGCAGCAAGUUCCGUUCCUACCUCAACCAGUUUGCCCAGCAGCAGCAACAGAUAGAGGAAAGCCAUGGGCUCGCUGUUUCCGACCCCAUCCCAGACACCUCGGAAGCUCGUUCACGGAAAGGGGAAAACGAGAUGAGGGAGACUGGGGCUAGGAAUGGGUACUCCGCUUCCCCAAAUAAGGGGGCGCAAGCUGAGAGCACCCUUUCCCUGUAUAUGAAGAAACUGAAUGAACAUGGGGAAGCUGGGGAGACCGUGUCGGUACAGCAGGGCAUGGCUGUCAGGCAGAGGCACAGCAAAAGGAAGGAUACCAACACCAGCCAGGAUGGAGACGUGGAAUCUGGGGGUGAGGGAAAACAGACGGGCUCAAAGACUCGGCAUCACGAUGCUUCUUCAUUCAGGGGGCCUUCUGUGGAAAUACCAAGGCUGCCGGAUACCACUGGGAACAAAGGGAUGGCCCGUUCUCCAAGACGAGGUGCUGUUUUCCCAAACCACAGCAGCGGUGGAGGCCCUGAGAGCGUGCAGGAGCAGGACAAGAAGAAAAAAUUGAAGAAGACUCAGAAGAAAGGCCGUCGUGACUUGAGGCAGGACGGGUCUGAAUGUUCGGAUGGGGAUUUGGUGCCUGCAGGGCAGGUUCCACGUAGUGCUGAGAAGCAGUCUCUCUCUGAUAGAAUGACUGCAAGCCAGUCCCCAGGUAGAGGCUCCGGUUCUAAUGUGACUCCCAGUGACAAUGGUAGACACAGGAACAAUCCAGGCAGAGGAAGGAAGAGGCAAGUGUUUGAACCUUACAUGACACCUCAGGAUGUGUCCGCAGGACUGAAGAGAUCGGAGCUUCUUCAGGGUCCGUUGAGAAUUAACCCCAAAAAGUACCAUGAGGCCUUCAUUCCUUCUCCUGAUGGGCUCCGGGAUAUCUUCAUUGACGGGAUUGUGCCUCGGAACAGAGCUCUGAACGGCGACGUGGUCGUGGUCAAACUCCUCCCGAGAGAGCAGUGGAAGGUUAUUAAGCCAGACAAGGAGGGGGAGACUGUGAGUGAAUCUGAUGCCCCUGGUGGCCUCAGUGAGCGGGCGGGCAGUGCAGCUCCAGGCAGCAUUACAGUAGAAGGAGGAGGCAGUCCGGGUCUCAUCACUGAGGCACGGUUUGACGGUGACAAGGAUGGGCCAGGAUCCAGUCUGCUUCAUAGCAGCAUGAAGAAGUUAAACCUCAACAUAGCAGUUUCAGCUUGUACUGAAAAUGGUGGAACCUCGACUUCAAAGCCUGGCGCAAUCGAUUCCAGAAAUCUUGCCGAUAAGUUUCUUCAAAGGACUGCAAAAGUGGUGUAUAUUGCAGAGAAGAAACACUCUCGAGCUGUGACUGGGUUCCUAAAGUUCCUGCCUGACAAGGAGUUUGCCAUGUUCUCUCCGGUGGACCACAGAGUGCCGCGGGUGAACGUGCCGCUGCCAGACUGUCCUGAGAACUUCAGCACCCGCGCUGCCGACUACGCCAACACCCUGUUCGUCUGCCGCAUCACGGAGUGGCGCGACGACAGCAAUUUUGCAGAAGGGCGGCUUGCUAAAAGCCUUGGACAGGCAGGAGAGAUUGAACCUGAGACAGAAGGCAUUCUGAUAGAGUAUGACGUGGAUUUCUCAGAGUUUUCCAAAGAGGUUCUAGGUUGUCUUCCACAGUCUCUUCCCUGGACGAUCCCUGCAGAAGAAUUCAAAAGGAGAAAAGAUUUAAGGAAGACAUGCGUAUUCACUAUUGACCCAGCCACAGCCAGAGAUCUGGAUGAUGCCUUGUCCUGCGAGCCCCUCCCAGAUGGAAACUUUGAAGUCGGAGUUCAUAUUGCAGAUGUCAGUUAUUUUGUGGAAGAAGGAGAUGCCCUGGAUUCCAUUGCUAGCAGAAGAGCUACCAGCGUCUACCUGGUGCAAAAGGUGAUCCCCAUGCUGCCCAGGCUCCUGUGUGAAGAGCUGUGCAGUCUGAACCCCAUGACUGACCGGCUGACGUUCUCUGUGAUCUGGAAACUCACUCCGCAGGGGAAGAUCCUAGACGAAUGGUUUGGGCGCACAGUUAUCCGCUCAUGUGUGAAGCUGAGUUACGACCACGCUCAGAGCAUGAUCGAAGCCCCGGAGAAGCUCUUCUCUGAGGAGGAGCUGCCCCCUUUCUCCCCAGAGCACCCCGUGGAUGAGAUCCACCAGGCUGUGCUGAACCUGCACAGCAUCGCCAAGCAGCUCCGUAAGCAGCGCUUCGAGGGAGGAGCCCUGCGGCUGGACCAGUUGAAAUUAUCCUUCACUUUGGAUCGGGAGAGUGGGAUGCCCCAAGGGUGCUACGUCUACAAGUACAGAGACAGCAACAAGCUAGUGGAGGAGUUCAUGCUUCUGGCGAACAUGGCCACGGCCCAUCAGAUCUACCGGUCUUUCCCGGACCAGGCACUGCUCCGGCGCCACCCUCCCCCCCAGACCAAGAUGGUAGAUGACCUGCUGGAGUUCUGUGACCAGAUGGGGCUGAAGCUGGACUUCAGCUCUGCAGGAGCUCUCAAUAGAAGCUUGAAUGACGGAUUGGGCCUGGACGAAUACAGCAGUGCAAGAAAGGAGGUCCUGACUCACAUGUGCUCUCGCCCAAUGCAGAUGGCUGUGUAUUUCUGUACUGGGGUCCUGAAGACGGAGGCACUGUUCAGACACUACGCUCUGAACGUUCCCUUCUACACCCACUUCACCUCCCCGAUCAGGCGCUACGCUGACAUCAUCGUGCACAGACUACUGGCUGCCUCGCUGGGCUGUGGGCCCCGAGUGAGCUUGUGUCAGAAUGACGUGCAGAAGCAGGCAUCCCAUUGCAAUGACAAGAAGAUGGCCUCCAAGCGAGUGCAGGAGCUCAGCGCGGACCUCUUCUUCGCUGUCUUCGUCAAGGAGUCUGGCCCCCUGGAGUCUGAAGCCAUGGUGAUGGGAGUCCUGGACCAGUCUUUCGACGUGCUGGUGUUGAGAUACGGCGUGCAGAAGCGCAUUUACUGCAAUGCUCUCCCACUCCGGGAUUUCCAUUUCCGUAAAGUGGGAAAGAAGCCGGAGAUGACGCUGAUCUGGGCAGUGGAGUCUGAGGCGGAGGAACCAGUACAGCAGGAGCUCUCAAUUUUCACGCUGGUGGAUGUAGUGUUGAAGGCUGAAGGCCCCAUGAAAUACAGCGCCAUUUUGAAACGACCGAGUGAGGAGAUGUCAUUCUGAAAUGACCGAGUGAGAUGAUGUCAUUCUGAAACAACCGAGUGAGAUGAUGUCAUGAAAUUCUGAGAAGGAAAAUACCACAGCCUCCCCUGUAUGGAGUUUCCAAAAGCUACUUGGAAAAGAAAAAAACAAGUAUAGAAAAAGAACAACAAAGGGAUGAUGCACGCUUUGUGUUUUAAAUAACAGUUUUUAAAGUGUUUUAAGUUUGUUUUGGCGCAACUUACCUGUACAGCACCUAUUUUAUCUAUUUAUUUAUUUUAUGUUCUUAAGCUAUGUUUUAACAGCAUUAUCCACAGUGGCAGGAGAACUGAAACAAAAAUGAGUGUUCACAGGUCAAUGCAACCUUUUAUUCAGUGAAGACAUCUCCCAAACCCUUACAGGGCAGGACACACAAUGCCAGCUCCAGAAGGGUACAGGUUCUGUAGUGGCUAGCUGUUUGUAGAGCUGCUGGGAAAGGCUAACGUUUUGCUAAUCCCUAUUGUAUGAUUUUAAAUUUUUAAAUGCUGUAAUUAAAUUCGGGGUGCGUCUUUAUUUUUAGGUAAUACAUUUCUAAUCUAAUAGACAACGCUCCUUAGUUUUCCACCGUGAACAGUUUGUGCUUUCCCUUUGCCACUGGAACAGGAUAACCGUUUGUGCGUCUCCAACUUUGCCUGCUGUAGUAACAGUGUGUUUCGUCUCUCCAGCUUCCUGUUCUCUCAUCAGUCUGGGUGGUAAGUGGUGGUGGGCGGGUAUAGGUUCUUGCCCUUAAUUUUGUGUUUAUGUACGUUAUUUAAUUCCAGGUGUAUGCACUGUUGAGGUAUGACUUUAAAGAACAACUGGGUAUUGUGUUUUUUUUUUUUUUUGUUGCACUCCUGUGAGUGAAAUUAGAUCUGAACCAAAUGUCGAUAAUAACCGCUGUAACCCCUAAGCCACCUAACUAAUGUGUCUCUUGGAUUCAGGAGCAGCUGCUGUAUUUGAAGAACACGUUUGUUAGCCUUCAAGUCAAAGCCAUUAAUAUGGGACGCAAGUGCAUUUUUUUUUUAAUAAUUAUUAUUGGUUUGAUAUUCCUUCAACAAUUUGAUUAAAUGUAAUUGCUAGGUGCAGAAAAACGGAUUGUGACCUGAAUAGUCUUUUAAAAUUACUUUUUGGGAUUCAAAAUGUGGUACUAGCUUAUUACAAUUACAUUUUGACAUUUCCUGGCAGGUUACUUUUUUUAUAUAAUAAAUUAAACUUUCUGAGAAGGUUGCAUUUAAAAUGAUUUAAUUAAAACAUUGUGGUAGGUGGCACAGCUAUGUUUUUACCAAGAAAAAAAUGCUUUAAAAUACAUACAUACAUACAUGCAUGUGUUACUCCUUAUUCUGCACAGCUUGUCUGCCUGACUGUGUAUGAAAUGCAGAUUAAAGAAUGCUAAACAUCAGCUGUAACGAUAAUGUCCAACUAACUUUCUGGUGUAAACUGUGUGUGUAUGUACUCAAAACACAGGAUAUUUAUUGUUGUUGUUGUUAUUAUAACAUUAAUAGACAUUAAACCAAAAAAAAAUUGAAAAAACUGCAGUGGUGCUUGUGAUGAGACGUUAUCAUUCUGAUGUGGUUGUAAAUGUAAUGUACAUUUCUGUUACCAGGCAAGUUAAUCAGCAGCUCAAUGUCAUACAAUAAACAACUUUGA